GGACAAACCGCGCUGCCUGUAGAGUGAACAAGAGUCGUUUGGGGAACAAAAGUAGAAAUUUUCAGGGCCAGUUGCUCAGGGAGCGAGGGCUAGAGAAAGCGGCCUGCGCGUGGCUGCCGGACAGAGCAGAGAGGAGAGGGACAAGUGUCUGAAAAGAGCUAAGGACGCGGCAAAUUGUUAGAGGGAGGCACAGGAGAGAGCGCAGAGCUAGUUCGAGAGGGAGCGUGAAAAGGGAGCAGAAGAAUCCACAGACUAAGUGAACGAGGAGGGGUCCAGAGGCAGCGAGGAAAGGCCAGGUCCGGGCCGAGGCCGAGGUCGGCACGAUCACUGAGGGGAUGAACUUCGCAGUGGGUUUCAAGCCGCUGCUAGGGGAUGCACACAGCAUGGACAACCUGGAGAAGCAGCUCAUCUGCCCCAUCUGCCUGGAGAUGUUCUCCAAACCGGUGGUGAUCCUGCCCUGCCAGCACAACCUGUGCCGAAAGUGUGCCAACGACGUCUUCCAGGCCUCGAACCCUCUGUGGCAGUCCCGGGGCUCCACCACCGUGUCUUCGGGAGGCCGUUUCCGCUGCCCAUCUUGCAGGCAUGAGGUUGUCCUGGACCGACAUGGUGUCUACGGCCUGCAACGAAACCUGCUAGUGGAGAACAUUAUCGACAUUUACAAGCAGGAGUCUUCCCGGCCGCUGCACUCCAAGGCUGAGCAGCACCUCAUGUGCGAGGAGCAUGAAGAGGAGAAGAUCAAUAUCUACUGCCUGAGCUGUGAGGUGCCCACCUGCUCUCUCUGCAAGGUCUUUGGUGCCCACAAGGACUGUGAGGUGGCCCCACUGCCCACCAUUUACAAACGCCAGAAGAGUGAGCUCAGUGAUGGCAUCGCGAUGCUGGUGGCGGGCAAUGACCGUGUGCAAGCCGUGAUCACACAGAUGGAGGAGGUGUGCCAAACCAUUGAGGACAACGGCCGCCGGCAGAAGCAGCUGCUGAACCAGAGGUUUGAGACCCUGUGCGCGGUGCUGGAGGAGCGCAAGGGCGAGCUGCUGCAGGCGCUGGCCCGCGAGCAGGAGCAGAAGCUGCAGCGGGUCCGGGGCCUCAUCCGCCAGUAUGGGGACCACCUGGAGGCCUCCUCCAAGCUCGUGGAGUCCGCCAUCCAGUCCAUGGAGGAGCCACAGAUGGCGCUCUACCUGCAGCAGGCCAAGGAGCUGAUCAAUAAGGUCGGGGCGAUGUCGAAGGUGGAGCUGGCGGGGCGGCCCGAGCCCGGCUACGAGAGCAUGGAGCAGUUCGCCGUGAGCGUGGAGCACGUGGCCGAGAUGCUGAGGACCAUCGACUUCCAGCCGGGCGCUGCCGGGGAGGAAGAGGACGAGGAGGUGGCGUUGGAUGGAGAAGAGGGCAGUGCGGGGCCCGAGGAAGAGCGGCCGGAAGGCCUGCACUGACCCGCCCCCCGUGGGGACCCCGCGCUCCGGGGGCCGGCGCCCGGGUUGGAGGAUCCGCGCAGAGACCGCGCGCGCCGGCUCGGCUCCCGCCGCCGGGGAAGCUCAAUAAAGGCUAACGCGCCCCGACCCGCAGCUCCUUUCACUGCUCACUCAGCCGUGGCUUCGGAGGAGCCGUCCCCAUCCCGCCCUUCUCCGG